AUGGCUAGUGAGGAGAGUUUUGUAGUGUUGGUUCACCGCAGAGGAUCGAUUAAGAGGAAAACUCGUUCCGGUGUGAAGUUCACUGAUAAGAAUCCUCUCUGUAUUAUCGUGAGGCCUACAACGAGCUAUGAUGACCUUGUUAGCUCUGUACUGCUGAAACUUGGUCUGGAAGGUGUGAAGCGGGUUAAGAAGUUUUUCUAUCGCAUUCCAAUCACGAUGCUCCAGGAAACCGUGAAGUAUGAUUGUUUCACGAUCGGGAGUGAUGAGGACUUCUCGGGGGGUUCGAAUCGGAAUACCACCACUUUAGCCACGGUAGCCAGUUCUAGCUCCAGACCUGCCGUUGCUUCUUCCUCCGUCCCUGCGUACGAGCCACCCGUCCAACCUGUCGCCUCCCCUUCGUUCGCUGUUGAUCUCAACGGCAGUGUAGGCGACGAGGUCAGAACAGGGGAAUUUCUGCCGACCUCUUUACAAUGUGCUGCACCGCCUGGAGUUAGAGAGGGAUUGUUAGAUGAUCCAGAUGACGAUGAUGUCGAGCCGGAUAUGAUUGCUGAUGACAGUGGCGAUGAUAUUGGAGCGAGUGAGCCUGCCGGGGCGGGAGGUGGUUCUACCUCUGGCACACAGCAGUACCCACCACAUUUUUUCUCUUUGGACUUGGAUGCCAUGGGGCAGGAGGGAGUUCCUGGGCAGCCUGCUGGAUUUGGAGCUAGACGUGCGAAAGGGACUGCUGGUCUGACAGAGUUCCAGGUUGGUCAGCAAUUUCAGGAUAAAGAUGAGGCCCUGUUAAGUGUGAAGACUUAUAGCAUCCACCGAGGGUGUUCUGAGUUCGGGAAUGGGUGCACAUGGUUGAUUCGGCUGAGUUUCCGGCAGCGCAAGGACAUUUGGGAGGUCAAACGGUACAAUGGACCUCAUACCUGUCUCGCCACCACCAUCUCCAGUGACUACAGGAGUUUGGAUUAUCAUGUGAUAUCGGCAUUCAUUAUGUCAAUGGUUAGGGCUGAUGCAUCCGUCAGCAUCAAGGUGCUCCUAAAUGCCAUGGCCGUACACUUUGGGUUUAGGCCGACGUACAGGAGGGUCUGGUUGGCGAAGCAGAAGGCUGUUGCCCUCAUCUACGGUGACUGGGAUGAGUCGUACAACGAGCUCCCUAGGUGGGUGCUGGGAGUCCAGCUGACGAUGCCUGGCACACACUGGCAUGCUGUGUCUAUUCACGGCUUACCUGGCACCCUUACGUCCACCAGGUGUAUCGUCUUAGUUCGGUGUUCAGUUUCCUUACUUGUAGUUGAUAAGUGA